AUUUAUUUAAACUAAUAUAUAUUGUAUAUUUAGAAAAUAAUGGAUUAAAAUCAUGUGGGGGAAGAGUUCCAAGCCUCCUGGAGAAGGUAAGGAGAGGCGAGAUGUAGCCAUGACAACGCAAGCUGAGAUGAUUUUGAAGAAAAAGCGGGAAAUUGAGGCUAAAAUGGCGUCCGAUGAAAAGAAGGAAAAACUGGCGGGACAACCUAGAAAGCCUAUUUCUAUGAGUAUCAGCAAACGAUGGGGACUGAAGGGAAAGAAAUCAGAUGCAGGAGGUGGAGAGAAUGCGUCCAAUCAGUCAACUCCAGGAAACUCUUGGCGAAAGUACGGUGAUUCGAGUAGUCGGGACGGGAUAGGGUUGCCGGAGAACAACUCAAAGAGGUCGGAUCAAAUACCUACUUCUCAAGGUUAUGAUUCAACUGCCAGAUCCCGCCAAGAAUCACCUGCUUCUGGCUCCUACAACUUACUGGGAGAACCUCAGGUUCUCAACAGCUUACAACAACUCCAGCAGGGAUACCAACAGCAACAGAUACAACAACAGCAGCAGCAGCAGCAACAUCAACAGAUGCAGCAGCAGCAGAUUCAAAUUCAAGGACUGGGCCAACUUCAGAGCCUGCAUCAACAUCCCUUGCAACAGGGGCAACCUCCGGGUAUACAACAAAUUCCUCCGCAUGCUUUGCAGCAGGGUCCUCCCCCUGGUCUUCCACAGGGACCCCCUCUUGGAUUCAUGGGUCCAGGAUUAAGUUUACACCAACAUGGACCUCCCUUACCUGGAAUCCAUGCAGUUCCAGCUCCUGGACUACAAGGACCUCCACUAGGUCUCCCCCAAGGGUUCAAUCCUCUGGGAUAUGAAGGACUUCAACCUCAUCCUGUAUUUCCUGGAGGCCAGAAUCCUCAGCCACAAGGUCCUCCUUUGAACCAGCCUCCUCCUUUCCUUCCUCAACACCAUCCUCCGCAACAUCAACAACAAUAUGAUCUUUCACAACCACCUCCUAGUAUUCAGCCAUCACAGCCCCACACCUCACAGCAGAUACAGUUUAAUAUACAUGGACCACCACCGUCCCCACAGGGUUUACUUCCUUCAGUUUCUCUCCCUAUGCAGAUACACCCGGAGCAUCAACCCGUCCUACCUAUGCACACUUCUGCUCCUGUAACUCAUUCUUCUCACCUACCAAUGAUGGGAGGACCCCUUCUUCAUCUAGGAAUGCCUCCUCAAUCCCUCCCUCAGCCUCCUCCCGUCCAUCCUCCCCCUCAUAUAAUGACAAGUAUGGCGCCAGGGUUACCCCCUGUACAGUUCAAUGUACAGCAGCAAGGAUACGGGACAAUAUCAAACUCGGACUCAAACCUGAGCCAACCUCAAGCCAUGGUUUCAUUCCCUCCGACCCAGACCGUUCUUACAUCAUCCUUGCAGCCUCAGCAUAUGCUCAACCAGCCUCCGCUUAGUAUACCCUUGAGCAUACCUCCGCCCCAGCUGCCUCUUGGACCCGUCGGUCUAUCUGUUCCUUCUCAUCCUCCGCCUGUCAUAUCCCAUCCUCCACCCACCACCUCGACUUCCUUACCGUCACAUCAUAACAUGUCAAUCCCUCCGCCUUCUACCACACAUUCAAUGAUGCCUUUUAGCACUCAACCUCCGCCAACUGUGAAUACAUCAUAUCCACCUCCUAUGAAUCAAAAUGAUAAGAAUGCUCCGCAAUGGUGGGGGGACACACUCUCCAAAGUUAAGAAUAUCGCGCAGAACUUCGGCGACGGAGAUGCUAGUCAUUCCGAGCGACAAGAGGGUAAUGAAUCCAGUAGUUCUAACUGGAACAGAAAUACAUCCAGUCUGAGAAGGGAUCGACGGAGAUCCAAUUCCAAAGAUAGAAAGUAUGGCCGAGGCCGGGAUCGAGGCCGAGACCGGUCCCGUGACAGGCACAGGUCCCGCAGCAGAAAUUCCCGAGACGGAGAAAGAUCUAGAAACAGAGAUCGAUCUCGGGAUCGUCACAUCUCGUCCCAAUCCUCGAACCGGUCAACCCUGAUCAAGGAGGAGGAUAUGAAACAUGAACCUGAAACCUACGGAUAUAAAUCUGAAAACUAUGACAAGGUUUCCACCAGUAUCAAACAGGAGGUUAAGGUAGAGCCUAGAGAUAUAGAUAUGAGGAAAAGUAGAAGAGAAUCUGAAUCCUACUCACCAACACGUCCAGACUAUAAACCUACCAUCAAACAACAAGUUUGUAGCGCAGAUGGUCCCCUGCCUAGUGUGGUGGAGGAGCUGGCGAGCAUGGUGGCAGUGUCCGGGGAGGAUCUAGAGGAUAUUGCCAGGGAUAGGAACAAAUCUACACCAGAGCUUAAGUUUUUGUUUGAACGAACAGGUCACCUCUACCGUAAAUACCGGGCUAGGGUUGCAGAGUUAAAGAAGAGUUUCGACGAAACCAAAACUGAAGUGAAAGAUGAACCAGGGAGCUCAACUAAAGCCUCAGCUCCAGCUGCAGAACCUGUUCGGAAGCGCAAAAGUAGAUGGGGAGACCAGACACCUACUCCUUCUCCUCAACUAAACACUCUACCCCCACCUGGAGUACUUACCUCACUUCCCUCCAUAGGUGCCCCUGGCCUCGUGAUCCCUACCCAGCUAGGAGGCCCUGUAGUUAAGGUUGAAGCCCCUCCUGGACCUAAACUCUUGGAUAUCCGGCAGGGGAACCCUGCCCUAGCACAGUACGCUGUCAAGGUCUUUGGUUCAACUAAUCUCACAGAUGCACAAUGGAAGCAGUGCGAGGAUCAGCUGAAGAUGUCCGUUGUGUACGGCCAGCUUGCUGCUAAACAGGCCGCUGCGCGGAUUAUGGCUGCCUCGGGGAAACGAAAACAUGAGUACGACAGUGAUGAAGAUACAGAAGGAGGUACGUGGGAGCAUAAGGCAAGAAUCGCUGAGAUGGCAAAGACCGCUGCUGAAGCUGCAAAACAAACAGCUGCUCUCGAGGUGGAGGGGAAGCAUCACAUUGGAGAUUUCCUUCCCCCGGAAGAGCUUUCAAAAUUCAUGAAUAAAAUGAAGGCGAUGAGAAGUGGGACAGCCUGGGACAACUCUGAGUAUCAGGAGAAUAAACUGAGUCAGGACAAUGUCGGGUUCAAGAUGCUCCAGAGGAUGGGUUGGUCAGAAGGUGCAGGUCUAGGAGCAGGGGGGAUGGGGAUUACCGCCCCCAUUGGAAAGUCAGGAGGAGGGUUGGAGAGAGCAGGACUGGGAAUGGAUAUGCCCGGAGAGAUAAACGAGGAUGAUGAUGAGUUUGAUACGUAUAGAAAACGAAUGAUGAUGGCCUACAGGUUCCGUCCCAACCCCUUGAACAAUCCUCGGCGGUCCUACUACUGACCGGGUCUAGUCAGGUACGCGAGCAAAAUAAGUGACGCAGGAAUGUACAGUGCGUACGUGAACUAGGAGUAGUUACUCAAAGGCAAGCAUGUACAUUGUACAUGUUCAAACGGAUUACUUAGAGGUACAUGUGUACAUAGAAUUCAAGGCUUUUGUUCGGUUACUGCAAAUAAAGGAUUAUAUAGUUUGUUCUGAUAUAAAACAUAUUGGUAAAUGUGAGGUACAUAAAAUGCAAGGUUGUCCCAAAAAUCGGUUAGUUCAUGUCAGAACCUAAAUGAUUGUUUUCUAUAAUCUACAAGAUCUACUUUAAAGUCUGCUCUAACGAAAGGAUUCUAUUGUGUUCAUAGCAGAUUUUAUUAAACAAAUUAGAUUUGUAAAUACUUUUUUGUGAUACGUUUAACUCGAUACCAAGCUGAACUUGGUGUCCUUAAAGAAAUAUUGUGAAUUUACCGUUUAUUGGGGUGUUACCUUGUACAAAUGUACAAACUUUGUUAAAGGUUGACGUAACGAAUGCAGAAGUAUGUAUAUUAUAUAUAUAAUAAAAGUAUAUAAAAUUCAUGUUUUCCCCUUUCCUUUGUUCGAAUGAAAAUGAAAGAAUUUUUUUGCCUUUGACUUUUUAUGUUCACUUUUCAGACUUGUUAAAUGCUGUUGUAUUUUAUUUGAAAUAAAAAAUUCAAUUUAAACUUGAGCCACGGAUGCCUUUACAUCAAUAUAUUUUCCACAAUGUUAAAGCAUUUCUACGCGUAUCAACGGUUAAGUUUUUGUUGCUAAAAUAAAAGUAAAUAUAAUUCCCCAGCUCGCCUGUUAAUCUAUACUUACUGUUAAUAAAAAAUGUUUAAAUACUUAA